AAACAACACAUCGGCACGGCAGUGAUGUCGUUAAAAUAUUGUGAAUUUCAGUCUGAUAUCCUACAUCAAAGUGUAAUGGAGCUGAUACACUCAGAGGACCGGGACGAAUUCCAUCGUCAACUUUCCUGGCAGGCGAUGCUCCCUCCAGAACAUCGCAAUCUAACCCUUCAAGAAGUGCUUUCACCAGCUUACAGUCACCUCCUUCAACGAUGUUUCACUGUACGCUUCCGUUGUUUGCUCGACAACACUUCCGGCUUUAUCACGCUAGAAAUAAGCGGUCGCCUUCAGUUCCUUCAUGGUCACACAAGAAACUUUCAGCUCAGUUCAUCUCCCUCGCGUGGAGGCGGAGAAGGAAACGUGCAGGAGGGAGCCGGCAGGCAGGGGAGACAGGGCGUGACAGUUGAAAGUCACGGGAUGGCACCCACUGGAUGUCCCGUCACCGCUUCCGUCGGCUCCAUCUGUCCUCCUUCCUUUGGUCUAUUCGGAGUUUGCAGUCCCCUUGGCUCUUUACCCAGUCUGGAUGGGUCUCAGCGCGAGACCUCCUUCAAAACAAAGCACAAGAUGGACCUAACCAUCACUAGCAUGGACGCUCGUGCCCGCUCAAUGUUCGGUUUCAAUGGCAAGGAGGAUGGCCGUAUCAAAGUCUACGACCUCAUCCAUCCAGACGAUCUCAGCUAUGUUGCUCAGGGACACCGAGAAGUCUGUAAACAGGGCUCCAUUGGUCUAUUGUCACACCGUUGGCUUUCCAACACAGGUACUUGGAUAUGGCUGCAAUCGCGGCUAAGAAUUGUUUAUAAGGACAAUAAAGCUGACCACAUAGUCGCAAUUCACAGGAAAUUGGAUGACACUGAGGGCAAUGAGCUCUAUUACCGACGCAAUUCCGAGUACAAGCUACCAUUCCCCCUCCUUGAACCGGAAACUCUUAUGUCUGAGGAUGAUUCGAACGAAAUCAACGGAAAUAACAUAUCGCUGAGGGAGGCUUCAUCACUUUCCGAAGUGAAGUCCUUCACAGAUGACUCCAGUGAUGUCCAAAUGAAGGUUUCACCCCAUAUUGAGCCGGAAAAGGAUGGGGGAUCAGGAAAACUCUGGAAGUCUUACGAAAGCAACAGCCAAGAGCCAAACUGUGGUAGUGAAGUUAAACCAUCAGGACUUAAAAAAUUCAAGGGACAGUCCAAGAACUAUCUUCAAACAACGCGUCGAAGGAAGACCCCAUUCAAGGCUUCAACUGUUGCAAUUAAAAGUGUAACACGCUCGUCCACUAGCUACUAUCCAGGUCUUGAGGCGGGAUCCUCUUCUUCUGGGUGGUAUAACUAUCGAAAUCUCUUCGGUAGAAACUUCCUCGCUUCGUCAGGAACAAAGACUGACGACUACAUGCAGAAUUACGCUAUGUAUAGCUACAACAAUAGUACAACUCGACACACCUACGGUUACCAUGGCUGGGAUUUCGAUAGGCAAAAGAAUGAUGAAGAGGUUUACUGUGGAAUGCUAAAUGGGGAACAUGUUUCGACGAAUGGAUUUUCGUAUACACUGCCCUACGGUACCAACGACUACAGUUCUGCUUACGAGGCCUAUUCGGCAGCCGUGGCAGCAGCGGCAGUGGUAGCCGCUGCAAGUGGGCAGAACCAAUGUAUUGAGUACACGACACCAAACAACCUAUCUCAGACCCACGAAUCAGAAGCGUAUGAUGGUGCGGUGCGUGUAAUUCGUAGUCCCUUGACAUACAAUGCAACCACCCAUGAGCAACAGCCCUACGUACCUCCUCAACACCACUCUGUGCAUGCUACAACCCACCAGCACCAAGCCCUGCCCUCCUUUUCAGGCUACCUGCAACAUAAGGAGGAGGGCGUAGAAAGCAUUGGCGGUGACCUGAUCUCCGAACUGGCUUUAAAAACGGAUGCAGGAGCACGGGUUGUCCAUCCGACGUGGUUCUCGCACAUCAAUACUCUCAGUCAGACGGUACCCGUAGAGGUGGAUAGAGAUGCCAAAUCACAGCCCCAGUCUCAAAUGCCUGUCUAUCAGGAGCAUCACCACCAACACCUCAAUAGCACUACGGACACAGCGACGAGGGAGAGUAGUGCGUAUAGCCAAGAUGGGGUGAUGGAAUCCGUACAUUGUGGCAACCUGAUACCGUGGAAUCAUUUCGAGAACCGACCGUCCUGUGUUGGUGACAGCGGCCUCUGUGAGACGACCAAUUACCAGGUGGGCUUUGCCACGACAACAUGA